AUGCGAGGCGACAACGCUGACGUAUUAUCCCAGUGCAACGGCGAGCAGCCGCGGUGUGCGCCAUGCCUGGAGAGGGGAAUUGAGUGCACUUACAAGCACACGGAGAACAAGCGCAAGCCUCCCAGCAAACGCUAUGUCGAGUCCUUGCAGGCUCGGAUUGCCUUUCUCGAAGGGAGGCUUUCUGAGUUGGGCAAAGCGUCACAGUCCCUAUCACCGGUACCCCAAGGGCUCGGAGAGAAUGCCGAAGGCGAGGCUGGAUCGGAACUUUCGGAGGAAUCUGACCAAGACAGCAAAUCGCCAGGAGCCGCGUCAAGGAACCCCAUUGGAGAGAUAACUCAGCGUGCAGGCCGCCUGAACAUUGGCGAAGAUGGCCAAUUGCGUUACUUUGGGGCCCAGAGUGGUUAUAACCUAAUCCAUGGACCUAUCUACGAGCCGGCAGACAAUACUCUCAACUCUUCUCAGCAAGCCGGCCUUGCCGCCGCCGCUCGCCUCGGCAAGGUAGCCAAGGUAUCUCGCGACACCGAACACCACUUGCUCGAGCUUUACUGGAGGUGGCAGAACCCCUGGGUAUACCUCCUCGAUAAGGAGUCUUUUAUGACGGACUACCAGAACGGCGGUGGGCCUUAUUGCACCCCACUCCUACUGUCUGCCAUAUUCGCCCUGGCAUCGCGCUAUUCAGAUCGCCCCGAGGUCCGUUCUGAUCCGUCGGACCCCCACACGGCUGGCAACAUGUUUGCGGAGCAAGCAAAGUUGUUGAUGAUGUACGAGUCCGAAAACGCGACGUUGGCUACAGUGCAGGCAGCUUGCCUGCUGUCGUUGAGAUGGAUGUCGGAGAAUAAAGAAUCUUUGGGGUGGCUGUAUGCUGGGAUGGCAACCAGGAUGGCGUACAAUCUAGGACUCAACCUCGAUUGUGCCAAAUGGGUUGCUUCAGGACACCUUAGCAACAAAGAAGCAGAGAUCAGGAAUAUCACGUGGUGGGGUUGCUACAAGCUUGAUAAGCUCUACUGCCUCGGUCUUGGCCGACCUGGGACGACACGCACAUGCGACAUAGCUUGCGCGAAACCAAGCCUCCUCCCCGAGGUAGAGUUUGAGCCAUGGGUCCCGUUGACACAAAAGGACCGGGUUCUACUCGGUGCACACUCCCGGGCAGUAUCUUCGAUGAUUGCUUCCUGCGACCAUCUGACACUGAUCUCUGAACCCCUCGAGCUUCUCCAGUUGUCAAAAGUAGACGCUGAAAAUGUCGUCGCUAGUGCCGAUGUAGCUUGUAACGCCUUUUAUACGAAUCUCCCGAGCCACCUUCGCCUCCCUAGCUCUCCGCGCACUCCUUGUCUACCACACAUAUACCAGCUUCAUAUUCAGUUUCACGUCAUGCAAAUCCAGCUGCAUCGUCCCUUGAUCCGUCGACGGUCGAAGCAGAAUCCUAGUGAUCAGGACGAAGACACACAUCUCAAGGCCUGCCGGCACUCGGCGACAGAGGUGGCCAAGCUCCUUCGUAUCUAUGACUAUCAUUAUACCUUGCGUUUGGUCCCUGUCGUCACCGUCCUCGGCACGUUCAACGCGGCGGUGGUUCACCUCAUGGACGUUGCAUCCCCUGAAGAAUUCCUGAAGCGCCACGCUUUGCGCCACUUGAGGCUUUGUGUUGUCGCCCUGAGCAUCAUGGGCCUGGCUUGGGCAUGGAGCGAACGGGCCCUCCGUAUAUUCCGGCUGCUGGCCAACGAAUGGCUCAUGCCCCAUGCUGUCCCCGACGAUCUCAAGACAGACGAUCAACCCGGGAGCCCUACACAACUCCGAGAUAACGGUGGAGACAGCAGGGACGUACGACAGCACAGAUUCUGGGAUAGUCUCGAGCAGGAGCAGGGACCGGACAUCCCGGUGGUGGGUAUGGUACCGCAGUACGGGAAUUGGACGGCGCCAGCGUCGUGGUUGCUGGACAGUCAGGAACAGCAGCAAGGAGGGCUCGAAGAGCAACAACAACUACCAUACUCGGGACAAUUCCCUGAAAUACCCGCAGAAGAAGCCGCACAGGAUGCUCCGGCCAGCUCUGCCUCCUUCGGUGCCAUGGAUGAGGUCGACUGGCUCUUCAACGUAGACCUGGCACUGAGCAACUCUAACCAUUUUGCCCCCGAGUUUGACGGCUCCGGUCAGUUGGACUCGUGGGUUUCGGCUGCUCCCCAGCAGCCAUUUACCUUUGAGGGUAUAAUCGGGGACCCCAGGGCGCCUGUGACCGACCACGACUGGCUGUUUCCCAUCGAGGAUCAACAAUAA